CUCGCGCGGGACGGGGGGGCGUGGCCUGGGCGCCUAUAAAAGCCUCUGUGGGGCCGGCCGCGCGCGGUUGGUUACGCCACGGGGCAGCUCGCGGCCGUCCGUUACCGCCGUCGUUCCUUCCGCGCCCCGUCAGCCGCCGCCCCCUUCGCUCAGGUACGUGGUGAGGUGACAGCUGUUGAACUAUGGCAUUCAGCAAGAUUUGGUAUACCGUAGCCCUUGGACUUCUGCUGCCUUUUUCUUACGCCCAUACGGACUUCUUCACGUCCAUUGGUCAUAUGACAGACUUAAUUAAUACAGAAAAAGAUCUGGUGGUGUCACUGAAAGAUUACAUCAAGGCAGAAGAAAGCAAGCUGGAACAGAUCAAAAAGUGGGCAGAGAAAUUGGAUCAGCUCACAGAUACUGCUACAAAGGACCCAGAGGGGUUUUUGGGACAUCCUGUAAAUGCAUUCAAGUUGAUGAAACGGCUUAACACAGAGUGGGGUGAGCUGGAGAGCCUGGUUCUGAAGGACAUGUCGGAUGGCUUUAUCUCCAACAUGACUAUCCAGCGGCAGUUUUUCCCAAAUGACGAAGAUCAGACUGGUGCAGCAAAAGCCCUCUUGCGGCUUCAAGACACAUAUAAUUUGGACACGGACACCCUCUCAAGAGGGAAUCUUCCAGGUGUGAAGCACAAAUCUUUUUUAACAGCUGAAGAUUGCUUUGAGCUGGGCAAGAUUGCCUACACUGAAGCUGACUACUACCACACCGAGCUCUGGAUGGAACAAGCUCUGAAACAGCUGGAUGAGGGAGAAGUGUCUUCUGCAGAUAAAGUCUACAUUCUGGACUACCUGAGUUACGCUGUGUAUCAGCAGGGGGAUCUGGGCAAAGCCAUGAUGCUCACCAAGCGCCUUCUGGAACUGGAUCCUGAACAUCAAAGAGCAAAUGGGAACAUGAAAUAUUUUGAAUAUAUCAUGGCUAAAGAAAAAGAAACAAAUAAGUCCAGUACGGAUUCAGAAGGCCAGAUGGAGAAGGAAACUGAGGUUAAGAAAAAGGAUUACCUGCCCGAGAGAAGGAAGUACGAAAUGCUGUGCCGUGGGGAGGGUCUCAAAAUGACUCCUCGGAGACAAAAAAGACUCUUCUGCCGCUACUACGACGGGAACAGGAACCCUAGAUACAUUCUGGGCCCUGUCAAACAGGAAGAUGAGUGGGACAAACCUCGAAUUGUUCGCUUCCUUGACAUCAUCUCCGAUGAAGAGAUUGAAACUGUGAAAGAACUAGCAAAGCCGAGGCUGAGCCGUGCUACUGUUCAUGACCCUGAGACUGGGAAACUGACCACAGCACAUUACAGAGUCUCUAAGAGCGCGUGGUUGUCUGGCUACGAGAGCCCUGUGGUAUCUCGCAUUAACACAAGGAUACAGGACCUAACAGGACUUGAUGUCUCCACAGCAGAGGAACUACAGGUGGCAAAUUAUGGAGUGGGAGGACAGUAUGAACCCCACUUUGACUUUGCACGGAAAGAUGAGCCAGAUGCUUUUAAGGAAUUGGGAACAGGCAACAGAAUUGCUACUUGGUUGUUUUAUAUGAGCGAUGUGUCAGCAGGGGGAGCUACCGUCUUUCCUGAAGUAGGAGCUAGUGUCUGGCCCAAAAAGGGAACGGCUGUAUUCUGGUACAAUCUCUUUCCAAGCGGAGAAGGGGAUUACAGCACGCGGCAUGCGGCCUGCCCAGUACUAGUUGGAAACAAAUGGGUAUCCAAUAAAUGGCUCCAUGAGCGGGGACAGGAAUUCCGAAGGCCAUGCACUUUAUCAGAGUUGGAAUGAUGCAGACUCGUCCUUUGUCUCUUCUGUAUUCAGUCUGUGUAAAAUGCACACAUCUCCUACAGUUUACAAUUGACUAACACUCCACUACAGGUUCAGUCUUCAACCACACCGGUGUUUCAUCUGUGGACAGAACAAACAUGCUUUUAGUUCCCUUAAAAUAGCCCCAUGAGGUUUUAUGAACAGAAUACAUUAAGGUCUAUGAGUGUUACAGCAAAAAAGAAAAAAAAAAAAGGACAAAAUACACAUCAGGGCCACAACUAACAGUGGUGUUGUGUGUGGUGUUCCCUUCACCAUCGCCCUUCUGAUCAGCAUGGAAAGCCAGUCAUCAUCCGCCGAGAGUUCUCCUGGCAACUGUUGGUCUGCUGAGGGCGGGCUGAUGUCACGGGAGGGCUCCCCUCUACAGCAGGCUGAAUUAAACCAGUUCCUUUUCCUCAA